AUGGAACCGCUAUCUAGGCAACCUACGAAUAACACUUCGCUUGCGACGAGGUCGUUUGAGGACGACCCCGCUGUAGGUGGGUGUAGACCACGACUGAGUAUACCUGGUAGAGUUGCCGGGAGAGAUAGAAGUCCAGGACUUCAGUGGCAUAGGGAUUAUAAUGCAGAGACCAAACUGAAAUCGAGGGUUUUGAUGAUCGAUUAUGUUCGUAGAGGAGUCGGGGGAUCACACGAAGGGCGCCGAAGAGUUGUAGCUCUAGAGAUCCAUGACCUAGCUACUUUGAAAUCGGUUUAUGAAGACGGGAGGGAUACGAAUUCUACCCUGAGAGUUUUUCAUGUCCAGAAUUGCACUUGGGCGAGGAGAUUCCUGAUUCACAAAUUUCGCAUAAAGGAUAAUGACGAUAUUGUCGGUCUCCGGGAGUUCGGCGACUGGCUGCUGCAAAAGAGGCCGCAGAGGAGGGCUGGAAAACCACUGCUUGUUGGAAAGAGUUGGAAGACAACUGCCGACCCUUGGAGAGGUGUGACGAAAUGUUCUUUUGGAAUGGAUUAUAUGAAGCACUACGCGUGUGGUGAUACUGAGGUUGAGAGUAAGGAAACGUGUGUGGUUGGAUUAAUGGGUUACGACGAGAAUGAUAAUCCGGUCCACCGGUAUAAUGUUUAUUCUCAACGACUCUCAGUGUAUGUUCAAUAUGCUGCGCCAGGUCUUCAGACUCCUGGGCCGGACGUUGUAUCACCAUACCAAUGCCUGGAGCAUGGCAGGCCUGUGCAAGAGCUAUAUGAUAAUGGGAGCACGAUUAUUGUAUUCGAUAGCUCGGAGACUGGCUCUAUUUACGAUUCGUUGAUUUCUGCGAGAGGUGAAUGGGAGAGUCGAUGGAGGAGGUUGCCAUUUUAUCUCGCCAAUGACUACCCGGACGAGGAUGAGAAGAUGACGUUGGAGUGUAUGAAGGUCAUUACUCAAGAUAUAUUCAAAGCAAUAGCGAAUUGCUGGGACCAACUUUUAGAUGCUAGUUGGGAGCACGUUAGUAUCCUUGAAGAGAAAAUUUAUGAACAGCCAGCAGACGAAAGUCGAGCACCGGAAUUAUGGUCCAAUUCAGCGCACUGGCUUAAGUAUGAGAAGCUUAUGUUCUACCACAUAGACGUAGUAAACGAGAUGCGAAAGUAUCUUGUAGAAAUCGAUGGAGAUUUAUCGGACGAAGGACUCUGGCUCAGGGAGUCCCCUGAAGAUUUCGACCGACUCAGCAGCCUAAUUGAGGAAGAUCUGGUCAAAAGAACGAAUAAUCUCUCGGAACUCAUGUAUAAGUCGGUCGGGAUUAGGGAUUCACGACAAAGCUUGCAGCUGGGAACGAGCAUGUGGAGAUUGUCUUGGAUUACGUUUAUUUUCCUGCCAUUGACAUUCAUUGUUGGGUUCUUUGGUAUGAGCGUUGAUACGUUUGCGGACAACCCCUCAAUAAAGUGGUACUUUAUUGUUACCGUGCCAUUUAUGGCGGCAGUCCUUGUAUCCUGGUAUUUGCUUAAGCAUUGGCUAACCCGCCAUCGCCAAUCGCCACACGAACGCGGUGUCUACGAAGCCCUAUAUGCGGAUCUCCACAGCCGCCGACCAGAGCUUUGGUCCCGCGCAGGCCCUCGCAACUACAUCCAGCCCAAGGGCCGCGCAUCUAAGAUAAAAUGGUGGUUGAUGCUUCACUGGAUGUCACCCAAACGACUACUUCCGCCUAGACCACCAGCGGGGCAGAUAUUAGACGACGAACCCGUCGGAGCAUAUAAUCGCUUGAAGCGGUAUUUGGUCAGAAAGUGGACGCCUGAGAUUGAAGUGGUCUGUGGACCAGCUCCUGACCCAGAGGCGGGACUCGCGCUUGUGGGUACCGGGGUCGUUGGAUCUGGGGGGGCGGCGGGUCUGGGCUUGGAAGGGGAGAAUGGAAUGGCUAGACCUGCACUUGGACUGCAUCACUCUGAGGAGGAGGAUGUGGUGUUGGCCGUCGGAGUAGAGGGUGGGAGGAAUAGUGGUGUACUCGUGGAAGAGCAAAUUGAGGGGAGUCCGGAGAAGGAUGGAAUGGGACUUCGGUUGAAGGUUCCUGAGAGUGGGGGGGGUAGAUGA